UCAGACCAGAAUGAUAGACCCGAACAAUAUGACUACAGUGAUCGAAAAAACGACUGAAAUCGUGAACAGUGUUCUAACGAGCAACGAAUCCGAUGGUGUUUUGGAACAAACGAGCACAUUGAUAAGUGUACUGGCCACCCAAUCAGCUCCGCUUCAAUGCUUUUCCUGUCAUCCGAAGCUGUACUUCAUCGUGUUUGGUCUGGUUUUUAUGAUCAUCAUCUGUGCGGGCGUCAUCGGAAAUAUUUUCAUAGUUUUUGUGAUUUUAAUGGACCGAAAGCUGAUGAGCUCCUCAGUUAACCAGUUUCUCCUGAAUCUUGCCAUUGCGGACCUUGGAAACCUGAUAUUCUGCUCACCAGAUGCAAUACUGGUAUUGAUUGAUCGGGGUUGGCUCCUGCCGAAUUUCGCGUGCCACUUGCUUCGAUUCCUUCAAGAAUACUUUCUAUACGCUAGUGUCUUGCUUCAGAUGGCGAUCGGUGUCGAGAGAUUUCUGGCCAUCUGCUCCCCAAUGAGAAUGCAGAGAUUCUCCACAAAAACUACGAUUUCGGUGCUCGCAGGUGUUUGGUGCGUGGCUGCGUGUUUUGCCUCCCCGUACUUUUUGUAUCAAGGCAUUGUGUUCCACAAGUUAUACUUCUGCUUCUGGAAAGGAAUCUCCCAUAAAACGCGAACCUACUUCAAGUACUGUGAGCUGAUUGUUCUUUAUGCGAUUCCGUUGGUUUUCCUCACCACACUCUAUUCCAUCAUGUGUCGUGUUCUCUGGGGAAACGAGGAUAAUCACAACAUUGCAAAUCAUAGUCAACAAGAGGCCAUUCUCAAAUUGCGACGUUCUGUGGUCAAAAUGCUCAUUAUCUCAAUGCUCCUAUAUUUUUUGUGCUACACACCAAUUCAGGUACUAUUUAUGCUCGAGAAAAUACUGGAUCACAGCGUUCAACUUCCUCAAUGGCUGCGUCUGCUGCUCAAUGUGCUUUCAGUAAUGAGUUCCUCCACAAAUCCCAUCGUCUACAUCAUUUGUUGCCGUCACUUCCGCCUACGCCUCCGCGACGUGGCCGCCGGAAUUUCAUCGUUCUGUUGCUGGCUGCUCCCUUCGUUCUCGAAAUCGGAAUAUGAGUGUGUGGAUGAGUCAAUGACGGCAAAGUUAUCACGUUCUCCGUAUGUCUCCUUUCGCAGCUCUCGUCGACAGAAUUCACGUGCGAAUCUUUCAACGCUUCUAUGAAUGGUCAUAAAUUUUUGUUGUAUUUUUAUAUGGGGUAUUUGAGUAUAUUUUCACAAUGCUUCAAAUUUUCAUUUUUGUAAACCCACUACCCGGGUGUUUAAUUUCUUGAACGUAUUUAUUAAUUCUCCCCCUGUUUCCCCUGUUUCUUUUCAAAUUCAAAUCAAAGUCAUUUUCCCUCAUUUUUGACUCACUCAUUCUCAUUCGGAUCACUAUGCACCGCUUUAUGUCUCUGAUUGAUCUCUGAACGCUUGGCUUUCGCAAAAUGUUUGUAAUUACACUUUCCUUAUAAAUUAUUCAAUAAACAUUAAA